UCUUCCGGUUCCAUAUAAACAUUCAGAGUAUUCAGAGAAGCAAAGAAAAAAUUCCUCCAGUAAAGAGUUAACAAUGGAAUCUUCUGCAAUGCGACAGGAAACGUUCGAUUGCUCUGAAUAUGGAAAUAGAUCUUGCUCAGAAAAUGAAAGGUCUCUGGGUGUUCGAGUGGCCAUGUAUUCGCUUAUGGCAGGAGCCAUAUUCAUCACAAUAUUUGGCAAUCUUGCCAUGAUAAUUUCCAUUUACUACUUCAAGCAGCUUCACACACCAACCAACUUCCUCAUCCUCUCCAUGGCCAUCACCGAUUUCCUCCUGGGAUUCACUAUCAUGCCAUAUAGUAUGAUCAGAUCUGUGGAGAACUGCUGGUAUUUUGGGCUUACAUUUUGCAAGAUUCAUUAUAGUUUUGACCUGAUGCUUAGCAUAACGUCCAUUUUCCAUCUUUGCUCAGUGGCCAUUGAUAGAUUUUAUGCUAUCUGUUACCCAUUACGCUAUUCCAUCAAAAUAACUAUUCCAGUCAUUAAAAGACUGCUACUUCUCUGCUGGUCGGUCCCUGGAGCAUUUGCCUUUGGGGUGGUCUUCUCAGAGGCCUAUGCAGAUGGAAUAGAGGGCUAUGACAUCUUGGUUGCUUGUUCCAGUUCCUGCCCAGUGAUGUUCAACAAGCUAUGGGGGACUACCUUGUUUAUGGCAGGUUUCUUCACUCCUGGGUCUGUGAUGGUGGGGCUUUAUGGCAAAAUUUUUGCAGUAUCCAGGAAACAUGCUCAUGUCAUCAAUAACUUGCCAGAAAAUCAAAAUAAUCAAGUGAAGAAAGACACAAGAGCUGCCAAAACUUUAGGAAUAGUGAUGGGUGUUUUCUUAUUAUGUUGGUUUCCUUGUUUCUUCACAAUUUUAUUGGAUCCCUUUUUGAACUUCUCUACUCCUGUAGUUUUGUUUGAUGCCUUGACAUGGUUUGGUUAUUUUAACUCCACAUGUAAUCCCUUAAUAUAUGGCUUCUUCUAUCCCUGGUUUCGCAGAGCACUGAAGUAUAUUUUGCUAGGUAAAAUUUUCAGCUCACAUUUCCAUAAUACAAAUUUGUGUAUACAAAAAGAAAGUGAGUAGAUUUAUUCUGCAUGAAUAAAUUGAAGCCAAAAGACUAGAACUUAGAAGAUUGAAGUUGUUUAAAAUGUGCGUUUGUAUGCAUAUGUGUAUUAUCUUAGCUACUAUAGAAAGUUCUUGGUUUCUAAGAUAAGAUAAAAAAAAGGAAGCUUCUCUUUGAGCCAAAAAUCCCUCCAAUCGUUUUCAGAAUUCUUACACAUCCAUUACUUCCUGGUAGAGAGAAAACAAAAGAAAAUUAGAAAAGUAAAGAGAACAUGGGGAAAGCCAGAGAUGGAAAGGGUAAGACACACAAAAGCUUUCAUAGUGUUCAAAAGGGGUCAAAAUAUAGGCUGAGCUUGGGAACUGCUUGUACCUCUCCCGACCACAGACGCUUUGUGUGAUAUUCCCAUUCAUUUUUGUUCUUCAGGGUCUUAUCAGAUGUACUUUGAAACAUCAACAACUAAAAGUGAUAGGAAAGUAAAUAUAGAAAUAACAAUUUCAAAAACCCAUAUUCUUCCAGGAAUCAGUUAUGUGUUAGCUGAGAGUUAAGGCUGUACUAGAUUCUGCUGUUGUGAGAACAAAUGUUUCUUAACUAAAAGAAGAAAUGGCAAACUGAGUAACUGGGGCCCCGGGCUCCAGGCGGGUUUUCAUUCAGGAGCCAUCUUAAUCACAACAGAUAAUUUCCAUGUUACUUGCAGUAGAACUCUGUUCAGUGUCUUCCUUUCCUCUGUAGGCUCAUCCAUAUUCUGUAUUGCUAUUUGGUGUCCCGGUGUUUAAUAAAUGUGAAGUACCUACUAAAAACGUUUUGUUUUGAAUCCAUCAUUCUUUUUUGCUUGAUAUUUAUCCUUUUUUUUUUUUUUUGGAGAUAGAGUCUUGCUCUGUCAUCCAGGCUGGAGUGCUGUGGCGUGAUCUCGGCUUACUGCAACCUCUGCCUCCCAGCCGGUUCAAGCUAUUUUCUUAGCUUCCCAACUAGCUGAGACUACAGGCAUCUGCCACCAAGCCUGGCUAAUUUUUGUAUUUUUAUUAGAGACAGGGUUUCAUUAUAUUGGUCAGGCUGGUCUCAAACUCCUGACCUCGUAAUCCACCCGCCUUGCCCACCCAAAGUGCUAGGAGUACAGGCAUAAGCCACUGCACCUGGCCUAUACAUGUGUUUUUUAAUAACAGAGGAGUGGGAGGGAGAAAUAAAGAAGAAAAUUAUUAACUUUAGGUUGAGACUCAUUAAUAACGGAUGGGCUGUGACCAGUGAUGUGUUGAUAUAACUUCAACACUGAGCUCUAAAACAACAGUCCUAAUUUGUAGAGUUUUAUGAUUUCCAUGGUAUAUAAAUUUAAUAACUCUUCCCUUAUAAGUGAUUCCAACCUAUAAAUGUAAUAUCAACUGGCUUUCAAAAGUCGUGAAAAGUUAACAAACUAUUUUUGAAAAUAAUCACAGGUAGUUCCGGUAUAACACUGGCUGCAAACAAUAUUUUUAAUGAAAAGCAAAUUAGAAUAGAAGAAAAUAGGUAAUAUCAAAAUACAUUGCUUGCACCAAGGCUAAGUAUAGCCUCAUGAAGUUUUAUUUUCAGAUAUGUCUCUGUGUAUGUGUGUGUGUGUGUGUGUGUGUUUAUAUAUGGUGGUAAACUGUGUUUCACUGAAAUAUUCCUUGUUUAAUUUCUUCAUUUACAUUAUAGUAAUGAAAAUUGUGAGUUUUCAAGAAGAGAGUAGUUAUAUCAGGUGCAGUUAUGAAAGCAAAUUUGUCAGUGCCUUUUCAAUGAACUUUUAUGUUUCAAAAUGUAAUCACCCUGCUGUGUUCUAGUGAGGAUGACAGAGCAGUUGAGCAUCCUGUAUGCUUGCUGCCUUCCACCAUUCACUCUGCCUUUAUUUCCCAGUACUAGUAAAGUCAUGUCCUUCAAUAUCCAGAAUUUCACAGUAAGCUACAGAUGAGAACACUGAGCCUGGGAGAUUUAGUGGUUUACCCUAGAUUACACAAACAGUUAUAAGCACAGGACUAGAGCCCAGCUCUCUUGAUUUCUUAUUCUGUGUUAUUGUUUAUCGAACUUUUUUUUUUUAGAUUUGUGACAUUUUAACUGGAUUUUUUUUAAAUAAAGAUUUUCAAAAUUCAAACUUGUACAAAUCAAUGAAGUAAAAAUAAAAAUAAUCACUGAAGUAAGAAUAAAAACUCUCUCCCGCCCGAUAUGUUCCCAUUCAGGAAUCAAAGUGUAAACAGAAACCUUUGCUGAUUCAGGCAAUUAUUCCUGCCUUGGAUAUUAGCCAGCAUUUAAUUGAGCCUGCAUGUCUGUGUAUAUUCAAUAUAUGGAAACUUUUGUACCUAAUCUUUCUAGAAUGACCAUGAAAUCACAUAUAAAAUUGUCUUUUAUUUGGGAAAAAAAACCUGAGCCUAUAAAAACAAAUAGGGUAUUUCAAUAUCCCUUAAGAAAGUUAAAAGAGCAAAAGAGCAACCCCACUGGGGAUCCACAGUUAGUACCUGUCUGGAAGCUCAUGGAUCUCAGUUCUCUGCUCCAAUUCUCUUGACAGCAGAAGCAAACUUACAUAUGAAUCAGAUAUCUUAACCCUCUACACUAAACUUUCCGGAAUUUCCCAAUAUUGUACCUGCAAAGCCACCAGAAGAGGGUCAACGAUUCACAACUAACUUUUCAGGAAAAAGAAGGUACUGGGUCAAUCAAAAAAAUUGGAAAUGUUCUAUUAUUUUUAAAUUAUUGCUGAUUUUUUCUCUUCUUCAAAAUAAUUGAAUAGCAAUAGUUGUAUUUUAUAAAGAAUCAGAAAUUGUUGAAAUGGGUUGUAACUGAGAAGGUAGGUUUUAACUUAAAGAUAAUUAUUAUGAUAUUCUGGUGAAAGAAAUGUCUUAAAUUUUCUAUGAAAAUUCAUUUGACAAGGUUGGUAAAUUUCUAUAUAGUGGCAUAUAAAAUACUUCUGCAAAGCAUAAAAACUAUGCAAGACAUGAUUCAGUAAAUUCAGUCAGAAUUUAAAGGACAAUUAUUUAUGAUAUUAUCCAAAUUUGUGUUCAAAUAUAGUUAGGUAUUUCAAAGAUGCUAAAAUGCACUUUCCUCUUUGGCAUUAUAUGUCAAUAAUAAAAAUACUUGUUACAUACUGCUUAAAUCUGAUUCUACGUAUUUUAUUUUUAUAUCCCUUUGCAAGUAAAUACUUGCAAGCAGUAUUUACUUCUUAAGUAAAGAUAGCAAGAUAUUCACUUGCUUUCUGUUUCUCAAAACUAUUCCCCCACUUCAGAUACAAGGAGUGCACAAACUGAAAACACAGUCUCUCUAGAACAGUUCUUCUCAAAUUCAGUGGGCAUAAAAAUAACAUAGGUAUCUUGCUAAUACGUAUGGCGAGGGUUUAUUAGCUAUCUUAUAAAUAGCAUUUGCCAUUUUCCUAGUAUUUUAAUCUUUCCCAAACCACAUGUCUCUAAUACCAUGAGACAAGAUGCCCGUCCAUUAACUAGGUUUUCAUGAUGUGUUAGAAUGAACUUCUUUCCACUUAAUUCAGCAAGAAGUUACUGGUAACCUGCCACGUAUAUGGCUCUGUGUUAAGUGUUGCAAGGAUUAGCAGGUUAAAUGGAUGUUGUCUCACUUCCCAAGUAAUUUACAGUUAGGAGAAGGUAGUGUACUAGAAGAAGAAAACAUAGGUAUUUGAAAUCGUGGUCACCUGUAAGAUAAGGGAGUGGAACCACCUGUCCGGAGAACUUCGGCCAGCCUGAUGGUCUAUAGUUAGAUUAACUUCAACUGAGAGUGUCUUCUGGAUGGAAAUGAUAUUCGUGCUGAGCCCUGAAGAGGUCAGAGAUGAAGGAAUGGCAAUUGGAUGGAGGAAAGGGAGCUGUCCAAGCAUUGGAUGGGCACUUAUAUGACAACAUAGGGACUACAGUGUCUAAAGGUGGCUGAAGUAUUGCAGACUGAAGGGAGAACAGGCUGCAGCCAGGGUUUCCUUGCAAACACGGGCUGAAAAGACACACUUGUCACAUACAUGCAAGACCAUGCUCUGUUGUUCUAGCCAAGGUGUGUUUUCCCAGACUCUUUUCCUUUUAUCUACCAAAAAAAAGCAAAUUAGCCUUGGUGAAAGAUUUAUUUAGAAUAAUUCCUCUUGCCCAUCCCUCUAGCAACAAAUUCUCUUAUAUUUUGUUUUAGUAGAGAUUCUUCUCUUCUGCUUGUUUUUGCAUAAUGCUAUGGUUUAUAGCUAAUUAUAACACAAACAUUUUAGUUUUCAUUUUCACUCUCCUUUCUUCCCUUUCUCUCUGAAAUAGAAGUAGCUCUUCCUGUUCUCUGUGUGUAUUUUCUCUCAAUUAAAAAUUUUUUCCUAUUCCCAGCUACUUUUCAGAAGAAAAUAUUUUCAAGGCAUCAUCUCUGCCCAUUGCCAAAUGUCAUGGGCUUUUGGAAGACUUACUGGUGAACUGUGAGUGAUUUAGGAUAAAUACAUCAUUUAUAUGAUAGAUAAUAUUGUUUACUUUUUGACAUUAGGAUGUAUAAACUACUAUAUAUCAUUGUAAAGUAGAUUUAUAAGAGAAAUAUUUGCCUUCUGUUUAUCUUCAGUUUUAGUGCUACCUUUGAAUGUAGUCUACUUAUUGUAAAUCCUGAAAUGGCUUCAUUAUAUACAUUCAUAAUAUUCAUUAUGGUUUAUAUUAGAGAAUUAACCAGAAAAAAUCAAUAUUAUGGAUUUCUAUAAAUGUCAAAUUCUUAUUUAUCUUUUCUAUAA